ACGUUUCCCUUCAUGAUGAAUAUGUCGCCAUGCCGGCCGGUCUAAUAAUAGGCUCCCUAUAAGGCCUAUGGCACGCAGCGGCCCGGCGUAACGUUCCAGCCCCGCGCUCCUGCUAUUUUUAGCCGCCCUCUCCCUCUGUAUCCCCGACAGUGAGUGUGCGUAACCCAGUGGACUGUGUUUUCGCCUUUAUCAGAAAAUCUAACCGUCUGAAGUCUUGGUAUUGAACUUGUCACUUGAGUGCGUUGUCGAGCGUCUUCCGUGUAACGUUUAGCGGCAAUGCCGAGUCUUAGAGACCGGUAGUAGAGGCGCUUCAAAUGCGGGCAGGGUGAACGGCUAUUUUCGGGCAACGCCUGCCUCCGGGCGUAAGAUCUAGUCUGCCAGGCGGUAGAAUCGGUCAGACGGAAAGAAUUUGAGUCUCACUAGUCACGUCUGGUCUCCUCUGUGAUUUUCCAUCGCCCGGUCUUCGUGUGUUUCCCCAACAACAAGAUGGACAACCUAGAGCGGCAGCUAACAUGUCCGAUCUGUUUAGAGAUGUUCAACAAGCCCGUGCUGAUACUACCCUGCCAGCACAACCUCUGUCGCAAGUGCGCCAACGACGUGUUCCAGUCGCGAGGCACGCCGAGCGUGGUGGGGAGCGGCGGCCGGUUCCGCUGCCCGACCUGCCGGCACGAGGUCGUGCUCGACCGCCAUGGCGUCUACGGGCUUCAGCGGAAUCUGCUUGUCGAGAACAUCAUCGACAUCUACAAGCAGGAGAUGGAAGGAACCGGCAUCAAGAUCACCAAGAAGAAGGAAGAGCUGAUGUGCGAAGUGCAUGAGGAGGAGAGAAUUAACGUGUACUGUGUGGCCUGCCAGUUUCCUAUAUGUUCCAUGUGUAAAGUCUUUGGUGAGCACCAGGAUCACGAAGUGGCGACCAUCCCAGAAGUGCACAGCAGGCAGAAGAUUGAGCUGAGUGACUGCAUAGCCAAACAAGUGGCCGCAAACGACAAGCUACAGAGCGUCAUCAGUCUGUUGGAGGAGGGAUGCCGGGUACAUGAGAUGAAUGCACGGGAGGUGAAAGCCGCCAUUUGUGACAAGUUCGACAGACUGUACAGUAUCAUAGAAGAUCGCAAGGGGGUGUUGCUAUCAUUGGUAACGGAAGAACAGCUGGAAAAACAGAAAGUGCUGCAGGAACUGAUCGCAAAGUACAGCGGUGAGCUGGAACGCGCGGCCAAGUCGGUGGAGGAAUCCCUGCUAUUUCUAGAAGAGCCGGACAAGGCUGCCUUCCUAACGAAAACCAAGGAAUUGAUAGAAAGAAUAAACGCGGCCAUUGAGAGCAGUAACAACGCUAACAUCCCCGAGCAGGGCGGAUUCGAACAUCUCCAAGUGGAUUUUUCCAAAGAGGAAGACGUUCUUCAGAAGCUAGACUUUGUCAAAGAGGACACCAGUGUCGCCGAUGCUGAGACCCAAACCAGAGGCAGCAUCAGCGAGAGAUCAGGUCACGACGCGGAGUCCGGAGACACCUUCGCAGACAGCCACGAGGGCGAAGUCUACGAGACGACCACCGUGACAGAGUCGGAAGGGAUGGGAAUUCUGUCCGACGACCCACCCACCGAGGAUGCCAGAGGCGAGGGGGCUGCAGGAGGUCCUGCAGCUGACGACGAUGACGUCUUCAUCACCCCGAGAACGCAGAGCCCAAGCUCCGCCCCUUCGACGUCUAGCCAAUCAGCGCCCCACUACUACCUAUAUAACACAGAAGUAAACCCCCUGCAAGACCGGCCGCCCAUGAGCCGAGCCAGUAUGGAAUAUUACGCCUCAGUGUUGAACAACAAGCCGGAAGAACUGCCAACAGAUGAAGCUGCCACAGCGCAAGCGUCGAACGAAGUCGCGCCGAAGGUAGCCGAAGGGGCGGCGGCGAAGGUGGCCGAAGAGACGGCGAAGGUGGCCGAAGGGACGGCGAAUGUAACCGAAGGGACAACGAGUGAGGUCGAAUCUAAAAUUGAAGAUACGGUUGAGAAAGAUAAAGAGGAAGAAUCUGAAGUUGAGACCGCUAUCGGCGAUUUCCGCAGAAGAAGAAAGUUUACAACAGCAAAGGCUAUCGAGACAGCAGUAGGCGAGAACACUCCCAGACUUAUAACUGUCACUCCGGAAGAGAGUCAAGCCAUCAGGGAGUUUUUGUCGAGCGUGUCGUCGCUAACGCCGCCCCCGUCCCCGGCCGGUCGGGUCAGUCCCGCGCAGGACGGUACCACGGAGCCGGGAAAGCCGGGGGAGACCGCCACGCAGCCGCAGCAAACCACGGCACAAACGGCUCAGGAAACGAUGGGGAUCUUGCAGGAUGAAGAAGACGACAUCGUCGUCCUUGGACCAACGGAACGCAAAUUCGAAAAGAACGGUAACGAAAGCAUCACGGGAUACCUCCGCAAGGCUACUACCACAGGAAGUGACGUCACAAACAUGGAUGCCGGCACAUCCGCUGCGGUCCUUCAGAUCAACCACAAACCAAUCCGGGGGAUUUUGAGACGGUCCAGCAGUGAGGGCAGCACGGGUACAAGCCACGGGAGGCGGGUACGGUUCUCUAUUGAAGAAGACUACAAGGAAAACGAGAGAGACUCAGACAUGGAAACGGAACUAGGCGACGUAGAAGUGGACGAUGCGGAGGCAAUGGGCUUCUCUUUUCUUGGCCACGAUUAAAAGAGAAGGGAGGAACUGAACACUCAUGAGUACAUCAAGUCAGAUGGGAAAUUGAAAAACAUCGUUAUAUAUGAUGUGGCUCAGGUGACGAAGAGGCGAACCUUGUUUAAGUUUAUGUAAAGAAAAUCAGCAUGGAACUCGUCCGCAAUGUUUUUAUUUCAUCCCCUCCUCUACCUCUUUACUAAAACAAGUUUACUCAUUUCACGCUUGCUUCAAGAAAACUCUACAAAACUCAAAGGCAUCACGAUAACUGGUGAAAUAUCCUCUUUUUCCGUAGAGCUCGAUCGCACUCGUCGUAAGAUAUGUUUGCUACAUCAAAUCAAGAUCAUUCUUGAAAUAGUUGUAGUUGUGUCCGUACAGGGAAAAAGUUGCAAUAAAUCCUUCCUUGUCAAACGUUAACGGUUCGAUCUGGGAAUCGCACAAAAAACAAUUUCCUUUACGACGAAUGCGACCGCGCCAAUAGCCACAUUGGUGCAGUUUAUUAUCGUUUUCAUGACAACCACGCUGGCUAGGUUCUAACUUGAUAAUGUACAACCAAAACAAAAUUGAUAUCACAUCAUUUAUGAUAUUAGCAAAUACGUUCAGUGAAUACCUAUACGUUAAAAAGAUUAAAGAAAUACGUUGGUGCCAUUAUAUAUUAUGUGAAUAAAUGAUUUCUCUUGUGA